AUGGCGACUGGUUCUUCGAGUUAUGGGAUUGAACAACGUCGAAAAGGAUGUUACUAUGAGUGGAUGAGUUUACAAGCUAAACACAUCCUUGAUCUCAAAGAAGCACUCCUAAACCAUCAUGGAUCAAGCGACGAUCACAAACUCGGAGAACUCGUUGGUAAAAUCCUCAAUGACUUCAAAAAGUACGCCGAGAAACGAUCGGAGCUCUCUAACCGAAGCUGCUCAAGCUACCUUACACCGUCUUGGAACUCUGCUCUAGAGAACGGUUUGCUAUGGAUGGGAGGGUGUCGUCCUUCGUCUUUCGUUAGAGUUAUCUACGCUCUAUGUGGAUCCCAAGCCGAGACGCAGCUUUCUCAGUAUCUUCUCGACAUCGACGAAAACGUCAAAGUAAACCAUGGUGUUUUCAUGAGUGAUCUUACCGCGACACAGCUUGCAAAGAUCAAUGAGCUGCAUAUGAAGGUCAUAGAGAAAGAAGACAAAGUAACAAAGAAAUCGGCGAGCUUGCAAGAGAACGUUGCGGACAUGCCUAUCGCCAUCGCGGCUUACGCCAUGGAUUUGGUGGACGGUAACGUGGUGGUGAAGGAUGCUUUAGAUAAACACGAGGAGGGCAUGGCGGCUUUAAUGGGGGAAGCUGAUACUCUGAGGUUUGAGACGCUUAGGAAGAUCGUGGAGGUUAUUACACCGGUUCAAGCGGCGGAGUUUUUGCUCGCCGGGAAAAGAUUACACGUGUCGUUGCACGAGUGGGGAAGAGUAAGAGAAGAGGGAAGUUUUGGGUGUGCACGUGCGGAGGAUGCUACCGCUGCAAGAGGUGGAACAGGGAGGUCAAAGAGAUCAGCCACUUGUUAG